GCUUUAUCAUGCUUCAGCUAGAUGUCUUAUAUGAUAUGACCUUCUCAUUUAAGGGUGCUGAAACGUUAACAUGGACAAACCCCAGAAGGAAAUCCCGGCUGACCACAAGAUGAGCGACUCUGGGAAGAACUCUGAAAAGCCAGUCACAGCCUGUCUUUUGAGCGCAGCCUUCUUUGGUGCCCUGGGAUCAUCUUUCAUUUACGGCUACAACCUCUCUGUGGUCAACGCCCCCGCUUUGUACAUUAAAGCUUUCUACAAUAAGACAUGGAUUGAGAGAUAUGGGGAGCCUAUUGCAGCAGAGACAGCCACCCUCCUCUGGUCCAUCACAGUGUCUAUAUUUGCUAUUGGAGGCCUUCUUGGAGCACUGUCUGUCUCUUCAAUCAUCAGAGUACUGGGAAGAAAGGGAACAUUGCUGCUGAAUAACAGCUUUGCCAUAAUAGCUGCUCUGUUGCUGUCCCUGGGUGAAAAGGCAAAAUCUUUUGAGAUGCUCAUCAUUGGCCGCUUCAUAAUCGGGGUUGACUCUGGUAUAGCUCUCAGUGUGCUUCCCAUGUACCUGGGAGAGAUUACACCAAGACAUAUCAGAGGUUCCAUUGGCCAGUUCAACUCCAUCCUGAUCUGCUUGGGAGUGUUCACGGGACAAGUGCUGGGGCUGCCCGAACUGCUGGGUCAGGAGUUCAGGUGGAACUACCUGUUUUCCUUCCUGGCGUUACCGGCAACAAUGCAGCUGUGUGUGCUGCCCUUCCUCCCCGAGAGUCCUCGCUACCUUCUGAUGGAGAGGAGGAAUGAAGCUGGAGCAGAAAGAGCCUUCCAGAGGUUUUUGGGGAAGAAGGAUGUGUCCCAGGAGUUGGAAGAAGUCCAUGCGGAGGCUCGAGCUCAGGACAACCUACAUAGUGCCUCUGUGUUACAGCUGCUGAAGACCCCAGCUGUUCGCUGGCAGCUCAUCACCAUCAUCAUCACCAUGGCCUGCUAUCAGCUCUGUGGCCUCAAUGCUAUCUGGUACUACACCAAUGGGAUCCUUCGUGAAGCAGGCUUUGCCGAGAACAUUCUUCCCUACAUCACACUGAGCACUGGGGCUAUAGAGACUUUGGCUGCCAUCAUCUCGGGCUUAGUGAUAGAACGGAUUGGGAGGAAGCCCCUCCUAAUAUUUGGUUUCUCUGCAAUGGCCGUGUUCUUCAGUCUACUCACAGUGUUCCUCAAUUUCCAGGACAGUGUGUCAUGGAUGCCCUACCUCAGCUACAUCUGUAUACUGGCUGUGAUUGCGUCCUUUUGCUCUGGGCCAGGUGGUAUCCCCUUUGUCCUGACCGGGGAACUGUUUGAACAGUCCUACCGACCUGCGGCCUUCAUGAUCGCUGGAACCGUAAACUGGCUGUCCAACUUUGCUGUGGGCCUCCUGUUCCCAUUCAUUCAGGAGAAGCUGCAGUCCUUUGCCUUCCUGGUGUUUGUGGUGGUGUGCAUCUUGGGAUCUAUCUACCUUUAUCUCGUUCUCCCUGAAACCAAAAAUAAAACAUUUAUAGACAUCAGUCAGAGCUUUUCCAAGAUCAACAAAAUCCCUGUCUUCUCCCCUGGCCAUGAAAUGGAGCUGGUUUUGUCCAUUAAACCUGACAUGAACGGAAAAGUCAAACAUGUUGCUAAAAUGGAGAGCUCCUUCUAGCUGGACUGUGAAGCAGGGUUGAAAUACAAACCGAAAGUCUUUGUUGUUUGUACAUAUUUAUUUAAUGACGGUUAUCAAUGAAAUAAAAAUUUGUGCUUUUGGGUAGUUUCAAUGUAUUUUGUAGACCGACAUGUUUUAUAUGACUAAUGUUUAGGAAUAUCACAGUAUUCAGUUUACAGCAAUUAU